CAGGCAGUCUCCUGGGGCCAGAGGGGAGGUCCCUUGUGGAGAAGCCGCAAAUGCACCCGGGAGAGAAGCAAGCAGAGACAAGGCAGGGAGCUGCUGGAGGACGCGGGCUAAGGGAGGAGAGCUGGUCUGGUGGCACUAAGCAUGAAUGGUCUCCUUUGCUAAGCAGGUAACUUUGUCUGGAUGUCGGAUAAGAUGCUGCUCUAACCCGCGGCCCGUCUUCUGAGAGGCCAUCGCAAGUGGGAGCUCGGCAGUGACAGAAUGACACCAUGGAUCGUGGGGUUAACCCCCUUCUUCCCGACAGCAUCCUUUUUGAGAUCUUCUUGUACUUGGACUAUACCGAUGUGCUCUCGGCGGGGCAGGCAUGCCGGCAAUGGCACGCCGUGGCCCAGGACGAGGUCUUAUGGAAGGAACUUUUCUACCGGUACUACAGGGUAGCUCGAGAUGUCCCGCGACACCCAGCUGCCAUGUCCUGGUCUGCCGAGUUCCAGCGGCUGUAUGACACCAUCCCUUGCAUUGAGGUGCAGACCCUGAAGGAACACAGCGACCAGGUCCUUCACCUCAGCUUCUCGCACAACGGCUACAUGUUUGCCUCUUGCUCCAAGGACUGCACCGCCAAGAUUUGGAGCAACGACCUCAGGCUUUCCGUGCUGCACAGCGCCAACAUGAAGAAGUACAAUUGGAGCUACACACAGUUCUCGCAGUUCAACGCGGAUGAUUCCCUCCUCCUCGUGUCGGGAGUCUUCGUGGGGCCCCGGACCUCCUCCUCGGGCGAGAUUGCAGUCAUUAGUUUAGAAGACUUCACGCUCCUGUCCCGGGUGCGCAACAAACCCUACGACGUGUUUGGCUGCUGGCUGAACGAAACCAACUUGAUCUCGGGCAACUUGCACCGUAUCGGCUACCUGACCUCCUGCUCUGUGCUGUGGCUGAACAAUGCCUUCCAGGGCGUCGAGUCCGAGAACAUGAACGUGGUGAAGAGGCUCUUCAAGAUCCAGAACCUGAACGCCAGCACCAUCCGGACCGUGAUGGUCGUGGACUGCAGCCGGUACGACUCGCCCGACCUCUUGCUGGAUCGUAGGGAGCCGCUGGCGGAAGGCACCUCCGCCCUGCCCUGCCCAGUGAUCGAACACUGCAGUGACGGUGAAGAGGCGGCAGAGGAGUCAAAGCAGAAAGCGGCUCUGGAAUUGGGAGAGGAGGAGGGCGGCACCCCAGGCGCCCGGCGCAGGAGGGCAGCCGGAGACGGACUGGAUCGCUUCCUGACCGACAUAAUCGAGGGGCGCGUCCGCCCGGUCAUGACAGAAUUCGAGAUGGAGACGAAGGUGGCCCAGCUCCUGGCGCAGAGCAGGACAAAGCCGCCUGAGCCCAACCUGCUCUCCAUGGAGGGCUGUCCCAAGAAGAAAUACUUAAUUUUCACCACUGGGUGCCUCACCUAUUCGCCGCACCAGAUUGGCAUUAAGCAGAUCCUGCCUCACCAGAUGACCACCACAGGCCCAGUCCUUGGAGAGGAGAGAGAUUCUGAGAAGUUCUUUGACUCGCUGGACCACGUCAUCGAUAUCCACGGGCACAUCAUCGGCAUGGGCCUCUCCCCCGACCACAGGUACCUGUACGUGAACAGCCGCGCCUGGCCCCAGGGCUGCGUCAUUUCUGACCCCCUGCAGCCGCCCCCCAUUGCCGAAGAGAUCGACCUGCACGUCUUGGACCUCAAGACCAUGAAGGAGGUGAAACGGGCCUUGCGGGCGCACCGGGCCUACACGCCCAGCGACGAGUUCUUCUUCAUCUUCCUGGAUGUCAGCAGGGACUUCGUGGCCAGCGGGGCCGAGGACCGCCACGGCUACAUCUGGGACCGGCACUAUGACAUCUGCGUGGCCAAACUGCGGCACGACGACGUGGUCAACUCCGUGGCCUUCAGCCCCGUGGAACAGGAACUCUUGCUGACGGCCAGCGCCGACAGCACCAUUAAGGUGUGGCGCUCUCCUCGCACUGUGCGGAUCCUCCACGCCGAGAAGCCGAGGGUCCGGAAGCCCCUCUUCUCCUGGGCGACCAACCAGAGGAGCUGAGGCAGGCAGCGGGGCUGGUGGCGGCACGAGUGCCCACGGCCCCUUCUCCUCCAGCUUUGCGGCUCUGCCUUCUUCCCCACCGCCACAGCCCACAUGGCCCAAGUGCUGCUGCAUUCAACGAGGGCCAUGGAGCCUUGGGGGCCGGGCCGCCUUCCCCAAGAGAGACUCUUCCCCCUUUCCUUAAUAGUGUUCACUGGGUUGGCUUGUUCAUAUAGGUUUGUUCACAUAGGAGUCAAGGUGCAACUUUCUGCCUGCAGGAGGCACCAGAAUCCCCUCGGAAGGGUCCCUGCCUGCUCCUUCCAGCGGAGAACACGACCCGGGUGCUUCCCAAGUCGCCUGUGCUUUCUGCCUUGGGCAGAGGAAGCUUCCGGUGCCACUCGGUCUUGUAGGAGCAAGUAGCAUGACUAUCCCCCUUUGCUAAGCAAGCUCCAGCCUGGCUUGCACUGGGAGAUGAGCCGAAAGGAAGCCGCUUCUCUGGCUGCACCCUGCGGGCUCAUCCUGCCUGCAGCUGUUGCUCUGGGUCAAGUUUCACUCACGACCUCCACCCUUCGGGAAUGGGGGACGCAGCUGCCUCCCUGCUCGGCUGAUGCGGGCCGUCUCUGGCCACAGGCUUGGGCAGGAAGGUUUCUCCAGCCAAACCAACCAGGCAAGGGGUGGAAGCCGCCCCUGUGGCCAGAGGAAGGGUGGAAGUCGGGCUGAAUGGCUGCGACCAAGCCAGCAGCGCUGCAGUUCCCGGGAAGGAGAGUCACAGCUCCUCUUUUUAGAAAGCGAUGGGGCUAAAAAUGAGGGAAGCUCUUUCCCUUCUUAAUCCACACCCUCCUCCCCAACAUGCUGGCCACUGUCUUGGGCCUGCCUGUUUGUAUUCUGGUGGUCUUUGUGGAGAGACCAUAGCAGCCCUGCUGGCUCAGGCCCAAGGAAGCCUCUGCUCCAGCCUCCUGUUUCCCACCAUGGCCCCCUCACCACCACCACCACUGGAGCCCACAGGCAAGGGGUGAAGGCCGGUUCCCCGGCUGCUGGGAUUCAAAGUAGCCUCUAGCCACCCGGGCUGGUAGCCACUGGUAGACAGAUCCACGGAGGAGUCGUCUAAAUGUGGCUUAUGCAGGGGCAGGAUGGGGAGCUGUGAAACCCAGGGCACCCCUGGCAGAGGGCAAAGCAGCACCCAGUGGGGCAGCUCAGGGUCUGAAGAGCCCAUUCCGAUCCCCCCUAUUUAAAGCCAAGUCAGCCAGAGGUGAUUUCAGGGCCUGAAAACCAACCACUUUGUUUCUUGGAGCCCGGGAAACACACAGGAGAGCCAGGAUAAUACGCCCGGCCCGUGGCUCCCCCCUGCCCCUUUUGCGACGUGGCCCUGCUCCAGAAAACGUGCCACCAUUGACUUCUCAGCACCGCAUGGACUUCAAUAAACUUCCUUAAGCAGCCA